CGCGAUUAAUGUCAAACCAAGUUCACGAAAUGAUUUAAUUAACUGAGAGUUCCUUAUCACAACAUAGUCUAGUCGUCUUAUGCCAUUGAAAAAUAUCAUUUCAUUAGUAUCAACCUCCAAAGAACGAAGAUGAAGUUGCUUCUAAUUUUAUUCAUAGCAGGUUUCACAGGUUACACCAAAGCCUCAGUUUAUCAAGAAGUAGAAGAUAUCGGCAUUCUUCAGGCAUUUGGAUUAGACUUCUUAUCUAACGUUCCCUACUCGUGUCCAGAAGCCAUUAAAGAGAAUGUACAGAAAGAACGGACAAAGGCUUUUGAAUGUGUCAAAAACAUCAGAUAUAACAGUUCGUUCUGUAAUACUUUUGUCCACCACUUCAAACCUUGUGUUCAAACCGUCGUGAGUGAAGCUGCAAAAUGUGAAGACCAAGUUAAAGUCGGACAGAAGCAGGUUAUACUUGAUUCCUUUAUUGCCGAAGCAAACUUUUUGUGUGAGACUGACGGCGAACAUAUUUUAGAAUUAUUGAAUCCAUGCAUCUUGACGAGUGUAAAAAAGAGUGCUGGAUGCCAAAAAAAGGUUAUGCAAUAUUUUCCUACUUCAGACCCUAUAACAAACCUUUGUAGUAAAUUCCCCAGUUUGCAGAAAUGUUUCGAUGAUGAACUCAAGCAAGAGUGCGAUCUUGAAGUUACAAAAAGAAACAUCCAUGACUUUUUUUCAGUUGAAGUUAAGCCCUGCAAUAUUGUUAUGCCAAUGUUUCUGCAAUUGGCAUACUAUUUUUAAAAUGCAUUACAUAAUGAAUCAAUAAAAUAGUUUUAUCAAUUA